UUUCUGUGCUCGAGAGCAAUAUGGAACUUUUUUUCUCACCAAUCAUUGGGUUCUGUUGGGGCACAAAUGGCUCCUGUCUACAGUUUUAUUUUCUUUUACUUAUGGAAUUAUCUCCCACAUAGCAACCUUGCAAGGAUAUUGCACCUUGUGCCAAGCAUAUGCAUGUGGUGCAAGAAUUAGGAGGUUGGCUCAGUUUCUUAGAACUAUUUGUUUGGUGGAUGGUGGUCUUGCCUGAACAGCUUGUUGCCCUAAUGCCCGUUGUUGAAUCCAUUAUGUUGUCUCAUUUAAUACUGUGAUGUGAUCUUUUGUCCAUGGAAUAAUAUGGGGUUCCGUAUGUACCAUCCGUGGUAUGUCUCAAUGAGGCAAUAUAAACUAGCACAAUUGUGACUAUCGUGACAUGGAGCAAUUUCUUGAUCAAUCAAUGCAGUGCAGUGAUGUGCUGAAGAUUGUUUCUUAUAAAUUCAUAAAUCCUAAAAAUUUGGCUGCAUGUUUAUAAUCUAUUUUGUUACAUGUCUGAACUGUACCUGUACCAUGCAAAUGUGAAGUUUAAAUCUACUUGUUUUCAUGCUUUAUUCGUGUUGGGAAGAUCGAGAAGCAUGCCUAUGUUGUUGUAUUACUAGGAGAAUGUGUUGGACUCACCAUCUUUUAGCCUGGGUGGUGUGGUCCUCCAUGUAGAAAGCUUGUGGGUCACCAAACUUUAGUUAUUGGACAUUGAAGGGGAUCCUUUAGGCAUGGUUUUGGUUGCCGGUAGUUGGUCGUCCCUUCCACCUUAUAGAGCACACGAGGCCCUAGGAGGUUUACUUGAAUUCCCAUGGAAAUCCGUGGAGGACAGGGUUGUAGAGAUUGGGAAGAGAGGGAGCGGUCGUUAGCCAUCCCGGCAAACAUGGAGGACAGGAUUGUAGAGAUUGGCGUAGGCGUGGAGAGUGGCUUCUCAGGCACAUCCAACGAUAGUCCGCUUCCCAUUUUUCUUAAGUUCGAGGAUGUGGAAUAUAAGGUGAGUGGUGCUUCGAGGAACCCUAUGAAAGCUGCGAUUACCAGUGCAGCCUCAAAGUUGAGGGUGGAGCAAGGGAGUUGCAAGCACAUUCUCAAGGGCAUAUCUGGAAGUGUGGGUCCUGGUGAAAUCCUAGCUCUGAUGGGGCCUUCCGGCAGUGGCAAGACCACCUUGCUAAAGAUACUUGGUGGUAGGUUGGAUGGGGAUAUCCAAGGGAAAAUUACUUACAAUGAUACUCCUUAUAGUCCCUCUAUCAAGAGAAGGAUUGGAUUUGUGACCCAGGAUGAUGUGCUCUUCCCUCAGCUUACAGUGGAAGAGACCCUUGUCUUCGCUGCCUUCUUAAGGCUUCCUACCAACAUGACUAGCCAGCAGAAAUACGCCAGGGCAGAUGCCAUCAUAAAGGAACUGGGCUUAGAAAGAUGCCGUCGCACCAAAGUGGGAGGAGUAUUCGUUAAAGGCAUCUCAGGGGGAGAAAGAAAAAGGACUAGUAUAGGCUAUGAGAUCCUUGUCGAUCCCUCAUUGUUGUUGCUCGAUGAACCCACGUCAGGCCUAGACUCCACCUCUGCAAGCAAGCUCUUGAUGGUUCUUCAGAACCUUGCAAAGACAGGAAGGACGAUCAUCACGACGAUCCACCAGCCAUCUAGCAGGAUGUUCCAUAUGUUUGACAAGCUUCUGCUGAUUUCAGAAGGCUAUCCCAUAUACCAUGGGAAGGCUAGGGAGUCCAUGCAGUACUUUGCAUCCCUGGGGUUUGUUCCUGAAAUUGCCAUGAACCCAGCUGAGUUUCUGCUAGACUUAGUGACUGGACAUGCGAACGACAUCAGCAUCCCUGAAGAUCUACGAGGCUCUCCAAACCCGCAAGAAUUUGAGAAGCAAGUGACAGAGUUUCUGCAACGGAAAUAUAAGACAGAAGUGGAACCUAAAGAGAAAGAAGAUCACCAUCGAGCGACAAAAGCACCAAAGCACCUUCAAAUAGCAAUUCAAUUAAAGAAGGAUUGGACUAUGAGCUGGAUUGAGCAGUUAAUUAUACUGUCAAGGAGAACUUUUCGGGAGAGAUGCUGCGACUACCUAGACAAGCUAAGGUUAGCACAAGCCAUUGGAGUAGCAGUACUCUUAGGCCUUCUCUGGUGGAAAUCCAAGAUAGGAACUGAAGCUCAGCUAAGAGAUCAGGUCGGCCUAAUUUUCUACAUCUGUAUAUUUUGGACAUCAUCAUCAAUAUUUGGAUCGGUGUAUGUCUUCCCAUUGGAGAAGGUGUACUUGGUAAAAGAAAGGAAAGCAGAUAUGUAUAGACUAAGUGUGUACUACGUAUGCAGCAAUCUAUGUGACAUGGCAGCUCACGUAUUCUAUCCCAUCAUUUUUAUGGUCAUACUAUACUUCAUGGCGGAUUUUAGAAGGACGGCUCCUUGCUUUUUCUUGACAUUAUUUGCAGUUCUAUUGAUUGUCAUCACUAGCCAGGGAGCUGGGGAGCUGUUUGGAGCAGCAAUUCUAAGCGUAAAAAGGUCUGGAUUGGUGGCAUCUUUGGUGCUCAUGUUAUUUCUCCUCACAGGAGGAUAUUAUGUUCAGCAUAUACCCAAGUUCAUGCAAUGGUUGAAGUAUAUCUCUUUCAUGCAUUAUGGAUUUAGACUCUUGUUGAAGGUGCAGUACUCUGGAAAUUUGGUGUAUGAAUGCCAAAGCAAAGGUGGAUGCCGAAGCUUGCAGAGCUCACCUUCCUUUGAUACGAUAGACUUGAAUGGCAGAUUACACGAAGUAUGGAUUCUAUUACUCAUGGCUCUCAUUUACCGAAUGCUCGCCUAUUUCUGCCUCCGAAAAAGAAUUAGCAUCGCUCCUUUUUGA